AUGGCCCUCACAGAAACGGCGGUGGAUGAUCCCAAGACCCUCCGCCGCAUAAUGGCCGCCGCUCAGCCAAGCCAAAGCCACGUUGGCCGCAUGAUGGACGCCAGCCGCGCUCAUGCUCAUAUGAUCACCGGCUCUCCACUAAAGACAUAUUCCGCCGCCCGCAAAGAACGGGAUCGGAUGUUGUUAUUACAGCGGGAACAACAGGCGGCGUGGGAUGUUGCCGCCCAACGCAAAUUAUUAUUGCCAGAACUUCGCACACUGGCCCCAUCCUUCACAAAGACGGCAGAUGAGGGACACAGAGAUUUGGGCGGUACAAAGAUUGGUGGUGCGGGGUAUAAUACCAUUGUGGGUAUGAUUCCCACCAUAGAAACCAUUAAACAAAUUGCCGAUGAUGAUGAGUUGAUCAGCAGUUUUCGUCCUUAUCGUAUUGAUGCCCUUCGGGCCGCACGGUUGGCGGAAGCUGCGAAGGAAAGUGCCCCACAUCCAGACGAUACACGUCAAUUAGAACCAACACUCUGUGCUCUUGCAGCGAAUCGAUUAAUUGAUGUCGCCGCCAUUCCAGAUGAUGUGGCUCGCGAUCAUUGGACAGCCGCUUCUGUAUUUGCCGCCACUAAUAUCAUGGAUGAAACCAUGGUCACGACUCAACCUUCUACACAACCCGCAGAAACGAUUUGUCCACUCUCGGCAAGAUCAUUACAUUUGGAUGAUGGUACAUCCGAAAAACAAUCCCCACCAACAGGGACAUCCAGUUUUCUCACAACAGAGCGAUUUAAAACACCGAGAAAACUUCCUGGUGUACGUCAGCCGGAUAUUGGUUUUUAUCAUGUGCGGUAUACACAAGUAGAGCCGCGUGUGGUGGGUGGAUAUAUGGAAGCAAGAGAAUCGGCCGCCCCACAGAAAAGUCGUGCAUCUUCAACGGAAAAUGAAAAGAGUGUGGAACGUGAUACCGAUUCACAGAAAACACCUCCACACGGGGCAACGAUGGUCAUGGAAGGUACAAAAGAUAAUAACUUUAUGGCAACAACAUUUAAAAGUUUAUCGGCAACAAGAGGUGCUGUUCCUAUUCCAGAUACGGCAGCCCCAACACCUGCACCGGAGUCCAGUACACCGAGAAAAACUACACCAGGUGUACAGGGGAGUUCUAUGUUUCUAUCUAAAACUCCACGUUCUCUACCUUCUACCUGUAGUGCGGCGAAAGAUUUGGAUUACUUCCCAUAUGCAGAUGUACGCUCAACUGUUAAACGAACCCCUUGUCCAGUUAAGUUUGAUGUUACACUUAAUGAACGUCGACAUGAGUGUAUGUCAUCCAAUGCCACCGUUGGUAUGUAUAAUCUUGCAGGAGAUAUUUCACAGCAUCCACAUCGUGUUGUUUGUAUGGACCGUGAGAGUAGUCGUGCUGCACAUUGGUUAAAUAAACCACCACCAUAUCAACAAUCACCAGAAUUUGUGAGUGUAGAUGAUGCACUUAACCUUGUACGACCACGAACACGUGUGGUUUGGAUGGCACCACAAGUUUCUCUUGACGAACAACAACGACAACAACAACAAAGUAUACAAAAAGCUCCUAAUACCACAGUCUCUAUUGAAUGUGAUCCCAAUUUCCCACGCAGAUUAUUUGAUCAUUGUGAGGCAAAGAAGAUUCCACGUUUUGCUACAAUGAUGGGUCGUCCUAUUACAACUCUACAACGAGUACCAGAAGCCCCUAUGGAGGUUGAACUCAAACAUGUGGAAAAAAGCAUUCCAGCUGUAAGUAUUCAUCCAACCGCACCUGGACACGCUCCGCUGCACAAUCCACAUCCAACAGAGAUUGGAGAGAUACCGAAUCUUAAAUGGGUAAAACCACGAAGAGAUCGUACCACAGAUUUUGGAAACCCAUACUCCACAUUACCACCACCAACACUACCUAGAGCACAUGAUCUCUCUUACGACACCAGCAAACGCGCACUCGUUGAACCCCGCCUCACCGGCAAUCCCAUGAUGGAAACACAAGUCUCACGUGAGAAACGUGCAAAGAUAUUCGCCACCAGCGGUUGCGGUGCACCUGUGGUGUAUGAUGUCAAUCAACAACAACCGUCCAAGUUGGUGCCGGUAUUUGAGAAGCAAAUCACAAAGGAAACACAGUUCUGUGGACAUAGACUGCAAUCCGAGCGUUGGCAACGCAAAAAUCCACGUGCACCAGGACCUGGUCACUACGAUGUUUCCUACCGUCUUGUUGAGUAA